AUGGAGGCGCAGGGGCGCGAGGAGGCCGGGGGCUGCGCGGGGGCGCCGGGCGGGCCCCUCUUCACCCGGGAGGAGGUGGCGAGGCGCAACUCUAGCCGCGAGGCCUGGCUGGUCAUCCACGGGCGGGUCUACGAUGUGACCCGCUUCCUAGCGGAGCAUCCAGGUGGAGAAGAGGUUUUGCUCGAACAGGCUGGCAGAGAUGCCACGGAGAGCUUCGAGGAUGUGGGGCACUCCGCGGAUGCCAGGGAAAUGCUCAAGGAGUACUACAUAGGGGAGAUCCACCCGCAUGACCGUAAAAAUGAAGGUUCUAAGGAACCGAAUGUGACGUCCUCGGGCCAAACAAGUUUCUGGUCCACAUGGCUAAUCCCCAUCUUCGGCGCGCUGGUCCUAGGUUUAAUGUAUCGCUAUUACAUGUUGGAUGGGAAAUCCUCUUGAAUGACCUUGCUGGAACACUGGAAAGCCUGAGAGAGGGUGUGAGAGAGAGA